AAUUUGGACCCCGGCGCUCCCCUCCAGGGCUGGAGUCCCGGCCGCGGCCCUGGCGCAGUCCGCCGCCUCCCGCUAGGCGCUCGGGAGGAGGAGGAGACGCAGCCGGCUGCGCGCGCGGCGGGAGGACCGAGGCUCCCUCCUCUGGGGGGCAGGCGCGCGGAAGGCGUUGGUGACUGAGCGACUGUCGGGGCUGCCUGGGGCCGGAGCUCGGGGCUCGGCGGGCCUGUAGCUGCACGGGACGGACCCCCAGAGUUGGGCAGUUGGGGAGGCCUGCCCGGGCCCCCUGCCCGCGGCCGCCAUGGCGGAGAAUUGGAAGAACUGCUUUGAGGAGGAGCUCAUCUGCCCCAUCUGCCUGCAUGUCUUCGUGGAGCCCGUGCAGUUGCCGUGCAAACACAACUUCUGCCGGGGCUGCAUCGGCGAGGCGUGGGCCAAGGACAGCGGCCUGGUGCGCUGCCCGGAGUGCAACCAGGCCUACAACCAGAAGCCGGGCCUGGAGAAGAACCUGAAGCUCACCAACAUCGUGGAGAAGUUCAACGCCCUGCACGUGGAGAAGCCGCCGGCGGCGCUGCACUGCGUGUUCUGCCGUCGCGGCCCCCCGCUGCCCGCGCAGAAGGUCUGCCUGCGCUGCGAGGCGCCCUGCUGCCAGUCCCACGUGCAGACGCACCUGCAGCAGCCCUCCACCGCCCGCGGGCACCUCCUGGUGGAGGCGGACGACGUGCGGGCCUGGAGCUGCCCCCAGCACAACGCCUACCGCCUCUACCACUGUGAGGCCGAGCAGGUGGCCGUGUGCCAGUACUGCUGCUACUACAGCGGCGCGCAUCAGGGACACUCGGUGUGCGACGUGGAGAUCCGGAGGAAUGAGAUCCGGAAGAUGCUGAUGAAGCAACAGGACCGUCUGGAGGAGCGAGAGCAGGAUAUUGAGGACCAGCUGUACAAACUUGAGUCGGACAAGCGCCUGGUGGAGGAGAAGGUGAGCCAGCUGAAGGAGGAGGUGCGGCUGCAGUAUGAAAAGCUGCACCAGCUGCUGGAUGAGGACCUGCGGCAGACGGUGGAGGUCCUGGACAAGGCCCAGGCCAAGUUCUGCAGCGAGAACGCAGCGCAGGCGCUGCACCUCGGGGAGCGCAUGCAGGAGGCCAAGAAGCUGCUGGGCUCCCUGCAGCUCCUCUUCGACAAGACGGAAGAUGUCAGCUUCAUGAAGAACACCAAGUCUGUGAAAAUCCUAAUGGACAGGACCCAGACCUGCACGGGCAGCAGCCUUUCUCCCCCUAAGAUCGGCCACCUGAACUCCAAGCUCUUCCUGAAUGAGGUGGCCAAGAAGGAGAAGCAGCUGCGGAAGAUGCUAGAAGGCCCCUUCAGCACAGCGGUGCCCUUCCUGCAGAGCGUCCCCCUGUACCCUUGUGGCGUGAGCAGCUCUGGGGCGGAGAAGCGCAAGCACUCAACGGCCUUCCCGGAGGCCAGUUUCCUAGAGACGUCGUCAGGCCCCGUGGGCAGCCAAUAUGGGGCAGCGGGCACAGCCAGCGGCGAGGGCCAGUCAGGGCAGCCCCUGGGGCCCUGCAGCUCCACGCAGCACUUGGUGGCCCUGCCGGGCGGCGCCCAACCAGUGCACUCAAGUCCUGUGUUCCCCCCGUCACAGUAUCCCAAUGGCUCCGCCACCCAGCAGCCCAUGCUCCCCCAGUAUGGCGGCCGCAAGAUUCUCGUCUGUUCUGUGGACAACUGUUACUGUUCUUCCGUGGCCAACCACGGUGGCCACCAGCCCUACCCCCGCUCCGGCCACUUUCCCUGGACAGUGCCCUCGCAGGAGUACUCACACCCGCUCCCGCCCACACCCUCCGUCCCCCAGUCCCUUCCUGGCCUGGCGGUCAGAGACUGGCUCGACGCCUCCCAGCAGCCUGGCCACCAGGAUUUCUACAGGGUGUAUGGGCAGCCGUCCACCAAACACUACGUGACGAGCUAACGCCACGCAGGCAGUGGGGGCACUGGGGGAUCUUCCCCCCCAGCCCCCCAGUGGCUCGGGAAUUAUGCAUCCAGAGACCUGCCCUUCUACCUUCCUGUCUUCCCUCCCUUCCUCCUUCAUCUCCCCCCAAGUCUUUUCCUUUUGGAUUUUGU